AUGCCCCGAGGAAAGAAGAGUAAGGCACAUGCUCAAGAGAGAUACAACCAAAACAGAGUUCAUCGCCAGGAGCUCAAUGAUGCCCAGGGCAGAGCGGCAGAAGAUGGAGGGCCACCCUCCUUCUCUGCACUUGCUAGUGUAGAUGGUCUUCCCAGCACAUCUACUACUGGCUUCCCCCACAAGUCGCAGUCACCUGUGUGCCCCACAAAUGCUGGUACAGGUAUCCGUCUGAAAGGGCCUGGCAAAGUGGACCAGGGCCAAGUCACCUCCAGGGCCAGAUCCAGUGGAUUUCUCUCUUCCAGUGAGGACCCCAAGUAUGAUCUUCUAAAGACCAAGACAGAAAAGCUGAUGGAAUACAUGCUCAUCAAGUACAAAAUGAAUCAACCCUUGGUGAGGGGAGAAAUGAUGAGAGUUGUCAACAAAAGUUUCAAGAAUCACUUCCCCGAGAUCCUCAAGACAGCCUGCCAACACCUGGAUAUGGGUUUUGGCCUUGAGUUGGAAGAAGAGCAGCCAAAUGCCAACACAUUAAAGCUUGUCAACAAACUACAUUUCAAGGAUGAUGGGAGUGACUACAGCCAGUUGGGCCUCCCCACCAGGAGGAUUCUGUUUUCUGUCCUGAGUGUCAUCUACUUAAAUCGCCGCUGUGCCCCUGAGGAGAAAAUCUGGCUAUUCCUGAAUAACAUAGGCAUCUAUGAUGGGAUUCCACACAUCAUCAUUGGGGAUGCCAGGAAGGUCCUCACCCAAGAUCUAGUGCAGGAAAAGUACCUGGAGUACCGCCAGGUUGCUGAUAGUAAUCCUCCAAUCUACGAAUUCCUGUGGGGUCCCAAAGCUUAUACUGAAACCUGUAUGGAGAAUGUCCUGGACUUUCUGCACAAGUACAAUGAAUAUGUCACCUGCAGUGAUACACCCCCUUAUGAAGAUGCCAGGUGGGAUGAGGAAGAAAAAGGCAAAGGCGGCAGUGUGGCAGAGGGAGGCAUGGGAAGCCCUGGGAUAUUCGAAAGUCAAGUUUCUCUUCCUUAA